AGGAAGAGGCGGCGCGCCCGAUCCGGGAAAGGGAGAGGAAGAGGCGAGGAAAAAGAAAGAAAAAAAUGAAAAAUAAAAAAUGGUGGGGCCCACAUUUGGGAGGGUGGAUUGGAGGCCCCCAGGAAUGGGGGCUUGAGGGUGGAAUUUGGGAGGUCAUGCAAAAUGGUAGCCAAAGUGAGGACGGAGUUUAUUUUUUUAACUUAGCCCAAAAAAUAGAGUAGGGGUUCGGAUGGCGGCUUUCCUGGAGUUGCUCUUAACGGGUUCAUUCGCCAUCGAACAUCCGCAUCCACGGGGUGUUUUCCCUCACGCGUGUAUGCCCUUUCGGCCUCUUUCCAGAGAAACUGGUGGGUAUCAUUAGUGGUUCUCAUUCUUCUCCAAUCCUCUUUGAUCCUUAUAAGACCAAACAAAUAUUCUAGUGAGAUCUACACUAUAUAAGGUCAGUUUUCUUCUUGUCUGCAAAAAAAUCAAUUGUAUGAAGACAUUGAAUAACAAAUUAUUUAGUAACCUUGAACUAAGAAAAAACAAUUGUACGCAUGAAACAUAACUUGUAGAAAGCGUAAAGUCGCUACAUGUGUGCGCGCGAAUAGAGCAGUCUAACUAGUGCAUUCCUACUUUACAGGCUUGGUUAUUAUUCCUGUACACAAGUUUUGCUCUGCGGGAGAAUGUAUUGAUUGUAAAUGGAAGUGAUAUCCGACCAUGGCUUGGUUAUUAUUCCUGUACACAAGUUUUGCUCUGCGGGAGAAUGUAUUGAUUGUAAAUGGAAGUGAUAUCCGACCAUGGUGGAUAUAUCACCACUAUCUAGCUAUGGUAAUGGCACUUGUGAGUCUUACAUGGGAGAUAAAGGGACAGCCUGAUUGUUACAGCAAGCAGGGGUGGAACUUUUCCUACGGUGGGCAAUCAUGCAAGGCUAAGAGAAUGGAUGUCGUCGCUGGAGAAACCGCUGGUGUGGAGGGGCAGCUCUUGCUGCUAUAUCCUGUCCUUUUUGUAUUACAGGGUUUUGAAGCAUAUGUUGGAGUAUUGCUUCUUCAGACCGCUUUGCACGGGCUUGUGGCAGGUUGUUUUCUGCGGGAUCUUGCUGGUGAUAAUGGCAGUGGGCAACUUCGUCAACACUAUGGAGACACUGAUACUAAAAUUGAGGUUCAAAGUGAAGAUGAAGAGAGCAAAGAGCAGGCAGGAUCGCCCUCAUCAAAAUUGAUGAAGUAUCAUAAAUGAAAGGAAUAUGAUCACUAAAUUCCUGGAAAGAACAAUGCUGACACCAUCUCUUUGUAUAUUCUUUAAUCCAUAAAAUGUUUUUGGCUGCUUGUAGUUUUCAGUUCUGGUAUUUGGCCUUGUAACAUUGAGAUACAAUAGGUGCAAUGCAAUGUAUGUUUGUUUUUUUUUAUGAAACCUUUUGAGUUUUGACAGAUAAUGUAUCUAACGUUCCGAAUGGCCAAGGGCAUUAAACUUGGUGGGGUGAACAUAGUAUAGUAUCGGGCGUCUGUCUUCUUGUAAAUGGAGCAGAGGCUCGUCCCUGUUAA